ACAAGACCGGAGUGGGGGGGGGGGCACUUCUCGCGAGAUAUACCCAUCGCUGGCUCGCGUUCCAGUAUGGCGGGACUCGCGUUGAGGUCUUGUCGCAGAGGACUUUCACGCUUUUUAAGCCGCGGAGGUCUCGCUCCUUCCUUGGCCCCACACACGAAAGGAGACCGGAGACACAAAUCUACAGUCCAGUACGCCACCAGACCAGAUCUUCCUACGCUGGCCUACAGGAGGGUAAAGGGCAAGAGUCCAGGCGUGGUUUUCUUGCCGGGCUAUGGGUCCAACAUGAAUGGUCAGAAAGCAGAAGCGCUGGAAGAGUUCUGCCGGUCACUUGGGCACUCAUACCUCAGGUUUGACUACACGGGACACGGGGCCUCAGAAGGGGUCCUGGCGGAAGGGACCAUUGGCACGUGGAAGAAAGAUGUCCUUUUUAUGCUGGAUGAAGUAGCAGAGGGCCCACAGAUUUUGGUGGGGUCCAGUAUCGGAGGCUGGCUCAUGCUGCUGGCGGCCAUCGCGCGUCCAGAGAAGACGGCCGCGCUGGUGGGCAUCUCCACCGCCGCCGACCACAUUGUCACCUCCUUCAACUCUCUUCCGCUGGAGACGAAGAUGGAGUUCCAGGAGAAGGGCGAGUGGACGGUACCGAGCAAGCACUCCGAGGAGGGCGCGUACAAGUUCAGCAUGGACUUCUUGCGCGAGGCGGAGAACCACUGCGUGCUGCACAGCCCCCUCCCGGUCACGUGCCCCGUGCGCCUCAUCCACGGCCUGAAGGACGAGGACGUGCCGUGGCACAUCUCCAUGCAGGUGGCCGAGCGCGUGCUCAGCGCCGACGUGGACGUCAUCCUGCGGCGCCACGGCCAGCACCGCAUGUCGGAGAAGGACGACAUCAAGCUCAUGGUCUACACCAUCGACGACCUCAUAGACAAGUUGACCACCAUGGUGUGAUCGUAAGGUACCCAGACAGCGGCGUGGGCCGGAGGGGCGGGGCUUAGCGUUGGAGGACUGUUUACUACCAAACAAGGCAUGUUGCUUCUGCCAAAAAAUGACCUUUUAAUAUUCUGUAUCUGCAUUUCCUCCACAUAUUACGUUGUGUUUCAGUAUUAGGUGGGUCACUCACUUCUUCUCCUGCUGCUCUUCUUUCCUCCAUUUUUUUUUUCAUGACACAAGUCUAUAGAGUUCCUGUGCCUUUAAAAAAAAAAAAUCAUAUUUCACAGUUGUGGGCCCAAUAAAACCUCUGCACACUGUCA